GCGCGAAAACCCAAUUGACAAGAACUCCCUCCGAAGCCCGCGGGUAGGUUCUGUGUUCGACCUGCUUUCCCCGCGGAAGCCCCAGUCCCGAUCACUCAGAACUGGAGUGCCGGCCUCAGGGGCACCCCGCGCUCACCGACCGCUCCCGAGGGUCUUCGCUACCCGCGCUUUCUCACCGCCUCUUCCCGCGUUCUACUUGGUUGAGCUGGGCCCAGCCUCUGCGACCACCCCGGGCAGUGGGCGCGGGGGAGUCCGAGGCGGACCCCGCGGCCCAGCUCCUCGCUCCUGCUGGAGCCGGCCGCCUCCAUGGCCUCCCGACAGGCCGGGCCGGGCCGCGGAAGGUCCUAGGAACCGGGAUUCCGGGAAGCAGGGAGCAUGGUGGGGGUCUUGGCCAUGGCGGCGGCAGCUGCUCCCCCUCCGGUGAAAGACUACGGGAAUGAGGCAAGCAAGAAGCGAAGGAAAGACGAUGACAGAACUUCUUGCAAAACAAUCACCAAAUAUUUAUCACCAAUGGGGAAGACUGGAGACAGGGUUUUCUCUCCACCAAAAUCCAGUAAUAUUCUGGAUUAUUUUAGAAAGACUUUACCCACAAAUGAGAAAACUCAGACAGCAAAAAAGUACAAGAUAAAGUCAUCCAUACCAUUGCCUGCUGACAGUGACAAAGACUGUAAAACACCUUUGGAAAUGUCCUCAAAUACAGAGAAUAAGAAAAGAGGAAAGAGACUUAAUUUAUCUCAUCAACUAAGUCAUAUUAAAACUGAAAAUGAAUCUGCAAUUGAAAUUAACAGUGAUGAUAGCAAGGAAGACUCCAGUUUAAGUAACAAUUUUGUGGAAAGUAGUACUUCUGCUUUACUCUAUAAGAAACAUGUCGAGGUACUUGCAGAAAGUAUUCAAGAUACCAAAAAACAAUCAAGCACUAUGACCUCCAAAAAAAGCUCUAAGAAAGUAAGUCCUAAACAAGGGCCCUCAAAAAAUGAUCGCAGAAAAUUGAGGAAAAGGAAGCACAGAGAGGUAAUAGAUCUAUCUGAAAGUUUACCCUUAGCAGAGGAGCUAAAUCUCCUUAAAAGACAUGGUAAUGAUAGUAAACAGAUAAUGCCUUCCCUAACUAACGAAAUUGAAAAUACUGCAAAUGAUGCAGAAUCUAGAGAUAAUAUAACUAAAAGAGCCCAGUUAAAUGAUAGUACAAUAACUGUCUCAUAUGAGGAAUUUUUAAAAAGUCACAACGAAAGUAAAGUGGAACAGGCACCAGACUCUACGGUGUCUAUUUGUAUUCCUUCUGAAACUGUUGACGAUACAGUCAAAAGUGGUUGUGUGACUGACCCAGAAACCUAUGAAAUUUCCCAACAGGUCCGCUUUAAGAGAGUCACUGUUCUUGCACAAGUUCACCCCAUCCCCCCAAAAAAGACAGGGAAAAUACCCUCAAUUUUCUUGAAACAAAAGCAGGUAGAAAUGGAAAAUAGUCUGUCUGAUCCUGAGAAUGAACAGACGAUUCAAAAAAGAAAAUCUAACGUCGUUAUACAUGAGGAAGAACUAGAAUUGGCAGUGUUGGAAGCUGGAAGUUCUGAAGCUGUGAAACCAAAAUGCACUCUAGAAGAAAGACAGCAGUUUAUGAAAGCAUUUAGGCAGCCAACAUCAGAUGCACUUAAAAAUGGAGUCAAAAAGUCUUCUGAUAAGCAGAAAGAGCUCAAUGAAAAAUCUCUAAAUGAGGAAGGCAGAGACAAUAAUUCUAAAAAAAUCAUGGAAAAUCCUAAUAUCCAAAUGGUUUCAAAUAAUGGCAAUUCACAGCCACAUGCUGAUAAAGGAGGUUUUCCUAAGGAGAAAAGUAAAAAGCUGAAGAAAAAGAAUAAAAAAAUCUUAGAUACUGGUGCUAUUCCAGGUGAAAAUAGAGAGAGAAAUACUCAAGAGAAAGAAUCAACUUUUUCCUUUAAAGAGAAACAAAAUCAAAACAGGCUUAAAAUGAGUUUAAGACAAAAGAAAACAGAAGUUUUCGAAAACAGCACAUUACUUAACAGCAAAAACCUUGUUUGUGAAGGUGCAGCAGAUGAUGACCCUCUAAAAAUUUCCUCUCCGUGUAACAAUAAGUCUUCAAGAAAAACCGGCAUACCAGUUAAGGAUAAGGUUAUACACUCUAAAGCUGAGACUGAAGACAGCUUGGUAUAUGUUUCUACACCGAAACCAAGCAGAAGGUCUGUAAGAAGUAGCAGCACACCUGCUAUAGUAAUCAUUAGAGGUACUGAUUCUGAAGAUGCACAAGACGAUAGUCCAGUAAAAGCUUCCACUCCAAAAGCAGCGAACUUAUCAGGGAAGCAUAGCUUAUAUACAGCGGAAUUAAUAACAGUAUCCUCUGAUUCAGAGAGUCCUAUUAGGAUGAAAUUCACCAGAAUUAGUACUCCCAAAAAAUCUAAGAAAAAAUUUAAGAAAAGGUCUAAGAAAUCUGAAGCAGCUGAUGAAGAUUUUGAGUCUCAGACUAGAAAGGUAAGCAGUGCUUCAAAAAAUGUAUCCAAAGCAAAACAAUUGAUUGAAAAAGCAAAAGCUUUACACAUUAGUAGGUCAAAAGCUACUGAAGAAACAGUGACACCUUUAAGGCGUUCGUCCAGACAUCAGACGCUCCCUGAAAGGUCAGAAACAGAAGACUCUGUAAUAACAGGUUCAAGUCCUACUCCUUUAAAGCAUCCUGAGAAAAAUCAGAAGAAACUUCAGUGUCUGAAUGAUGUGUUAGGAAAAAAACUUAACAAGACUCCUAAAAAUGUCCCUGGAAAAGCGAAAGUCGCGCCUUUAUUUCUUACUAGAAAGACUCAGAAAACAGCUGUCCUUGGUUUUGAUGAAAGCAGUCAAGAUGCAGCUGAAAAGCCUCAGGCUUGUGAUGUGCAGUUUAAAGCAAGGCGUGACUUUCUAAUGAGUGGUUUGCCAGAUUUGUUGAAACGACAAAUUGCAAAGAAAGCUGCUGCGUUAGAUGUGUACAAUGCAGUGAGUACCAGUUUCCAGAGCGUUGUUCAUGUUCAGCAAAAAGAUGAUGGGUGCCAUUUGUGGCAUUUAAAACCACCCACUUGUCCUCUCUUAACUAAACUUAAAGAACUGAAUACUAAAGUAAUAGAUCUCUCAAAAUGUGUCAUGGCUCUUGGUGAAUUUUCAACAUUGAAUUCAAAUUCAAAAAGUAAUAAUUCUGCUGUUGUGUUUGUGGGGAGAAGGAAGGAUUUGACUGAAGAAGUACGAAAUCUUUUGCUGGAGGAAAUUAGGUGGUCAAAUCCCGAGUUUUCUUUGAGGAAAUACUUCCCUUUGCUUCUAAAAAAGCGAACUGAGCACCAGGUACUUUCCAAGUGUCAUCGUAAACAAGAAAGUCCAAAACUAGAGCCCAACGUCAGUCGAAAAGAAACCAAAAGGAAACGAGUGGAAAUGGAAAAUCAUAAAUCCAAAAGAAAGAAACCAAAUGAGUAUUCAGAAAGUCCAAAAAAGAUAAGUGGGAAACUAGAAGAACUUGACAAAAGAAACAACUCCAGUGGGAUAAAGCUAGAUUCUUCCAAAGGUUUAUUUCCUAAAACAUCCAGGAAGAAACGAACAGCUUUGAGUACAAGGUGUAAAGUGGAAACAGAAGCCAUAGAAGAUUCUGAUAUUCUGAUAAUAGAUGGUGACAAGUCUACAUCAGAAGUAUCUUCUAUUCCAGAUUCUGGAACUGAAGACAUGCUUUGGACAGAAAAGUAUCAACCUCAGAACUCCGGUGAACUCAUAGGCAAUGAGCUAGCUAUUAGAAAGUUACAUAGUUGGUUGAAAGACUGGAAAAGAAGAGCUGAAUUGGAAGAAGGACAGAAUUUGAAGGGAAAAAGAGAUGAGAAACAGGAAGAUCCAUUGGACAGCAUAGACUUUAAAGGCAGUUCAGAUGAUGAAGAAGAGAAUCGUCUUUGCAAUACUGUUCUUAUAACAGGGCCAACAGGAGUGGGGAAGACUGCUGCGGUAUAUGCUUGUGCUCAGGAGCUUGGAUUUAAGAUAUUUGAAGUGAAUGCCUCUUCUCAGCGCAGUGGUAGACAAAUUCUGUCUCAGCUGAAGGAAGCUACUCAGUCCCAUCAAGUAGACAAGCAAGGUGUAAACUCACAAAAACCCUGUUUUUUUAAUAGCUACAACAUAGGCAAGUCACCAAAAAAAUUAAGCUCCCCCAAGAAGGUUGUUACAUCACCAAGAAAACUUCCUCCACCAUCACCACAAAGUAGUGGACCAAAGCGAGUACUUCCACCUAAAACUUUGGCAAAUUAUUUUAAAGUGUCUUCUAAGCCAAAAAAUAAUGAACAAAUAGGAGCACUUCUGGAAAAUAAUAAAGGAAUCAAAAAUUCUUUUGAACAGAAACCAAUUAUUCAGACUAAAUCUACAAACACAACUAAUAAAAAUGUCAAAGAGUUUGGGGCUGAGGAACCCAACAGGAAAAAUGCAACAUCUCUCAUUCUGUUUGAGGAGGUUGAUGUCAUUUUCGAAGAAGAUGCUGGGUUUUUGAAUGCAAUCAAAACAUUCAUGGCAACCACGAAAAGACCUGUAAUCCUUACAACAAGUGAUCCAACAUUUAGUUUAAUGUUUGAUGGCUGCUUUGAAGAAAUUAAUUUUAACACUCCUUCACUGCUAAAUGUUGCCAGCUACCUACAGAUGAUCUGCUUGACUGAGAAUUUUAGAACCGAUGUAAAAGAUUUUGUAACAUUGCUAACUGCAAAUACUUGUGACAUCAGAAAAAGUAUCCUUUACUUACAGUUCUGGAUUAGAAGUGGAGGUGGAUUUUUAGAAGAAAGGCCAUUAUCUUUUUGUCGAGGAAAUAGCAGAAAUGUACAACUUGUUUGCUCUGAAGAUGACCCUGAUUUCAAAAAUAAUGCUAAAAAUACUAAAAGGAAUCCAACAGACCUUCCCAAAUGUGACACUGGCUGUGCUGAGACCUUGUUUGGCCUUAAGAACAUUUUUUCCCCAUCUGAAGACUUAUUUUCAUUUUUGAAGCACAAAAUCAGAACAAAGGAAGAAUGGCAUAAGCUCAUCCAGCUUCUUACAGAAUUCCAAAUGCGGAAUGUAGAUUUCUUAUAUAGUAAUCUUGAGUUCAUUCUACCAUUACCUGUUAAUAUCAUUCCAGAAACAGAAAACUUUUCUGGUUCAUCAGUAAGUGUGGACACCAAUGCAGCAACAAAAAAUAUGAAAUGUCUUGCUAGGAAACUUUCUGAAGGAGAGAAGCCAUUGAAAAAGUCACAAAAAAAGAAACAUAAGAAAAAGAUGGUAAUUUUAGAUGAUAGUGACUUAUUUGACACCGAAUUGGACUUUUCUGAUGAAUUUAUUAGCCUUUCCUCUGCAUCUUCUCCAAAUUCAGAAGAAAGCAAAGCCAGAGAUAAAGAAAGCAAUCCAGAGACAAAGAAACUCAACAAAUGUCUCGAGUCAAACGUUGAAUCUAUUCCUCGUUCUCCUAAAACACCAGCAGAAAAAAAAUAUUCUGUCCUUGUUUCUCACUGUUUAAAUUCUCUUACUGAGUUCAUGGACAACAUGUCCUUCUUAGAUGCCCUUUUAACUGAUGUAAGGGAACAUAGGGAAUUUGGUAAAAAUGAUUUUGGCUGGACAAAUGGAAAGGUUAAAAGUGGACUUUGUGAUGAGUUUAGUCUCGAGAGUAGUGAUGGAUGGACUUCUCAAAGCUCUGGAGAAUUAAAGGCAGCUGUAGAAGCUCUCAGCUUUACUAAAUGUUCUUCUACUAUUUCAAAAGCAUUGGAAACCUCCCUGAAUUCUUGCAAGAAAGUAGGAAGAGAUCCAACAAAAGAACUUACUUUUUAUGUUUCACAAAAGCGCAACAAUGUACACUUCAGUCAGUCAGCAGCCAAUUUAGACAGUGCUUGGAAGAGGAUAGCAGUCAUCAAAAGUGUGUUUUCUAGCCGAUCUCUUCCGAACCUGGGUAAUAGACAAGCUAGUAUAAUAGAAUACUUGCCAACUCUUCGAAACAUCUGUAAGAUUGAGAAGCUAAAAGAACAAGGAAAAAGUAAAAGAAGAUUCCUGCACUAUCUUGAAGGAAUUCAUCUUAACAUUUCAAAAGAGACUAUGAACACUUUGGCAGCUGGCUUCCCUUAAUAUCCUACAUUUACAGUGUCUUGUACAGAUUCUUACAUGGUCCUUAAGAGACAUUUUUAUAGUGAUUUUCAUGGAAGAGUUUAUUUCUCUUAAUGUACAUUUAAAACAGACUAUUUGUAUAUUUCUUAUUAGUGUGUAAAUAUUUAAAAUGAAAAGAUUUGAGUUACAAAUUGUAUUUAUAAUUGUGGUAGUGGUGGGGUUUUUUUGAAUUUUUUUGUAUUAUCUGACUUAGCAUUGUUGGAGUAUUUUUGUAUGUGUGUGAGCUGUUUCUAGAAGGUAGAGUUCACUGAAUAUUUCUAAAGGUGCUUCAGUGCUAAACUAAUCCAUAAUUUUUCCCCUUCUGGUGACCCUUAAUCCACACUGUGAAUGUGAAUCACCUAGGUGAUGAUCUUUUUUAAAAAUAAGUUUACACAAUCCAAAAUACAAAAUAGCAUGUAUAAUACAUAAGCAAACUUCCUAGGUAAGAAAUUUUAAAAAGUAAGAUCUUCCUGAUAAAAUUAUUUUUAGUGUACUCAUCCAGCAUAUUUUACCAUGUGAAUCACUGAACGCCGACAAGGUGAAAUCAAGAUUAUGAAUUGUAGUUUUCAUAAAUCUUUUUUAGCAACCAUACAAAUGUGAUAUCUUGUAUAUUUGACAACUCACAUCAUUUGUACAUUUUUCUUGUAUUUUUAUAUCAUCGAUGUUUUAUUUCAUAAAGAUAUUAAUGAUAAUAUAAAUAUUUUGGACAAACUGCUAUUCACUGAAACUGUAACAAAGGAUUCUACCCUAGGAUUUCUACAUGAUAGCCAUUUCGACUUAAGGUUAUAUUUUUGGAGAAAGUAUAUAUUUUUAAUUACAAGAUUUUAAAAUACCACAUUUCACUUAAAAUCAUUUUUGCAAUCAGAUGUAUCUGAAAAUAGUUUCCUAUUUCAAGUGUUUAUAUAUUAGCUUAAUAUUCAGUUACAUUAUCUGGUGAAUUAAUUUUCACUUCAAAAGGUAAGGAUCCUAAUUUUGUACAGUUGAAAAAUAGAUGUAUACCUGUGUACAAAAUGUUUUUACCUCUUAUUUGUUCAAACUACCUUUUCUUGUAUUGAUAGUACACUGAUUUAAUUAAAGGCUAAAGCUAAAAGACUGCAAUGUUUAGAGAGUUCCAGAUGUAAUCAUCUGGGUAAAUGUGGAUAUUGUAUAGGCUUGGAUAUAGGCUAUAUCUUAUAGGUUUUGUCCCUGUACAAAAGACAGAAUAACAUCUAAGGCAUUUUUUUUUAAGUAUAUGGAUUUAUUAUUUUCUACUGAAUGCAAAAGUCCACUACCUGUAGAGCAUUUACCAGUUAAUUUGGUCUUUAAUUAUUAGAAAAUUCAGAUAAUCCUCAUCAGUUGAGGAACCAAAGUAAAAUAACUCCAUAGAAUUGUAUGUAAAUGAUCAAAAACCAAGAAAUAACGGGGGUAUUUUCCUCCCUAAUAGGGACACAUUUAAUAUCUUUUUUUUUAAGGUUAAGCAUAAUUUUGGGAAAUAUUUUCUCAAUUAUUUAUUUAUUUUUU